CGCAGCCCGGCGCGCUCCUCUCCCCCCCACCCAAUCCGCCCCUUUCAACCAUCUAGCUUUAUUUGAACCUAAGAAGUGAACAACGGACACCGGGCGAGAGGCCUUAAGCAAAACACAAGAACCGAGAGUAUCCAUAUUUCUGUUUCUGUGUCCAGUAGAGUUUUGAUUCAUCAUGGAUAAUCUGUCACCAGAAGAAAUUCAGCUAAAGGCUCACCAGGUUACUGAUGAGUCUUUGGAAAGUACAAGGAGAAUCCUGGGAUUAGCCAUCGAGUCUCAGGAUGCGGGAAUCAAGACCAUCACUAUGCUGGAUGAACAAGGGGAACAACUAAAUCGCAUAGAAGAAGGCAUGGAACAAAUAAAUAAAGACAUGAGAGAGGCAGAGAAGACUUUAACAGAACUCAACAAGUGCUGUGGCCUUUGCGUCUGCCCUUGUAAUAGGACGAAGAACUUUGAGUCUGGAAAGAACUAUAAGGCAACAUGGGGGGGUGGUGGAGACAGCUCAUCCAGCAAUGUGGUAUCUAAGCAACCAGGCCGAGUAACCAAUGGUCAGCCUCAGCAAAGCACAGGAACAGCCAGCGGUGGAUACAUCAAACGUAUAACUAAUGAUGCCAGAGAAGAUGAGAUGGAAGAGAACCUGACUCAAGUGGGCAGUAUUCUAGGCAACCUAAAGAACAUGGCUCUGGACAUGGGCAAUGAAAUUGAUGCUCAGAACCAGCAAAUACAGAGGAUCACAGAAAAGGCUGACACCAACAAGGAUCGGAUUGACAUUGCCAAUACAAGAGCAAAGAAACUCAUUGACAGCUAGAGCCGUGCUGUACUUCUUUACCAGUUACUCAGUUCUCUAGCUCCUCCUAAGCCACUACCUGUUCAGAGUUUGAAAGUUUGUGAAAGAAGGACCAGAGGAGGAA